UUCUGGUUUAGAAUUGGAAUUGCAAUGAGGAACAUGAAUAUUUUGAUUGCCCUGUGUGUGGCUGUGGGGUCAUUUCCCUGCCUAUUGGGAAAGUCGAAAACAUCGGACGUUGGGUCGGAUUUGGGGAUGAAGAUUUUCGAUCAGGUUACCAAGGCCCAACCAACAGAAAACAUUGUCAUGUCUCCACAUGGAAUGGUAUCAUUGCUUUGGAUACUGCAAUUUGGAGCUGAUGGAGCAACAAGAAAGCAAUUGAACGAGGUUUUGAAAUACAGCCAACAUGGUACUUAUAAACGGCUCAAAAAGGUACACAAGUCAUUAACUGCAGGCAAAAGUGAGGAUGUCGUUGCUUUUGCUAAUGGAAUAUUUGUACCAAGUGACCUUGUAUUAAAAAAAAGCUUUAUUGAGCAGUGUUCUAAAAUCUAUCAAGCUGAGCCGACAAAUGUGAAUUUUGCUGAAUCUGAAGCAGCUGCAUCAAUAAUCAACAAAUGGGGUGAUUCUCAUACUAAAGGUAUGAUCACAGAGAUAAUUUCCCCAAGCACUCUCGAUGAAGCUACCAAGCUUGUCGUCGCCAACGCAAUAUAUUUUAAGGGUGCGUGGAAAUCUAAAUUUGACGUAACAAAGACGAAUGUGCAAGAUUUCACUGGAGCUGAUGGAAACGUGUAUCAAGUUCCCAUGAUGUUCCAAAGUUCAAAAUUCAUGCUUGGUAUGGCCAGUACGCCUCAGAACGUUGAAUAUAAUGUUCUCCAGCUACCAUACAUUGGGGAAGCCUGCAUGUUUUUUAUCCUUCCAGUGGAUAGUAGCACCGCACUCACUGAAAUAACUCCUCACAUCAAUGUAAAUAGUAUAAAUGCGUGGAAGAAAAUCAUGAAAAUAAUGAAAGUUGACGUUACUAUCCCUAGAUUCGCUGCUGAGUCAGAGACUAAAUUGGAGGAACUACUUGCGCCUCUUGGAAUCACAAAUAUAUUUGAUCAAGACAAAGCAAAUUUCAAAAAGCUCUCUAAGGUUCGUGGUCUGUAUGUUUCCCAAAUCCUACAUAAGGCUAAAAUUGAAGUAAACGAGGGGGGUACGGAGGCCUCUGCAAUGACAGCUCUGGACAAUAUCCAGUAUUUUGUUGCAGGAUGUGAAUCCUUUAUAAGAGAAUUAAUUGUUUUUGGAUUGCUCCGAAUAUCUGCACAUGCCCCAGAACCUGUGGGUCCAUAA